UCGUAGAGACUGCCUGUGGAGAAGUGGCUGGGGCUGGCCGCGCUGAGGCGCUCCCCGCGGGCGGGGCAUGGCUGCAGAGGAGUCUCGCUACCUGCUGGGUUACGCCGCUUCGGACUCUGACCUGAGAGUGCAGAACAAGAAGCUGUACCUGGCCACGUUUGCUGCUGUCCUGGGACCGCUUAGCUUUGGCUUUGUGCUAGGCUAUAGCUCACCUGUUAUUCCAGAGUUGAGGAAAAUCAACGAUCCUAAAUUAAGAUUGGACAGCAAUCAAGCCUCGUGGUUUGGGUCAGUAGUAACAUUAGGAGCUGCUGCCGGAGGAAUACUAGGAGGUUAUCUUGUGGAUAAAGUUGGGAGAAAGCUGAGUCUAAUGCUGUGCUCAGUACCAUAUGUUUUUGGAUAUAUAGUUAUUAUAUCUGCUCAGAAUGUUUGGAUGCUUUAUUUUGGACGACUGCUGACAGGCUUAGCCAGUGGAAUUACUUCACUUGUUGUUCCGGUGUAUAUAUCUGAAGUAUCUCAUCCUAAAGUCCGUGGUAUGCUUGGCUCUUGUGUUCAGUUGAUGGUGGUGACUGGCAUACUGGGAGCCUACACUGCAGGAAUAAUACUAAAAUGGCGCUGGCUGGCAGUGUUGUCUUCUUUUCCAUCCUGCAUAAUGCUAUUGUUCAUGUUCUUCAUGCCUGAAACACCGAGAUUUCUGCUGAAUCGGAACAAACGCUCAGAAGCCAUAGCUUCUUUGCGCUUUCUGCGGGGACCACACGCGGACCACGAAUGGGAAUGUAGGCAGAUUGAAGCUAGUGUUCAGGAAGAGGGACUGAAACUCUCUGAAUUUAAGAAUCCCUCAAUCUACAGGCCACUUCUUAUCGGUGUGGCUCUAAUGUUCUUCCAGCAAGUAACAGGCAUUAAUGCAGUUAUGUUUUAUGCAGAAACUAUCUUUGAAGAUGCAAACUUCAAGGACAGCAGAAUGGCUUCUGUUGUUGUGGGCUUCAUACAAGUAUGUUUCACUGCUGUGGCUGCACUUAUCAUAGAUAAAACUGGACGAAAAGUGCUGCUUUACAUAUCUGGGGUAAUCAUGGCUCUCAGUACUGCAUUGUUUGGGCUUUACUUUAAAAUGGUCCUUCCAAAUCCAAACAACUCAUCAAACGCUGACGUAUGGUUCACUCUAAAUUCAGCAUCCCCAGGAACAGAAAGCAGCAUAUCCUGGCUUGCAGUAGUGAGCCUAGGGCUCUUUGUUGCUGGUUUUGCCCUUGGCUGGGGUCCUGUUCCAUGGCUGGUGAUAUCUGAAAUCUUCCCACUUAAAGCUAGAGGCAUAUCGAGUGGUACUUGUGUGUUAACAAACUGGGUUAUGGCCUUCUUGGUAACCAAAGAAUUUCAUGAUUUUAUAGGUUUCUUAACAUCCUAUGGCACGUUCUGGCUCUUCUCUGCGUUCUGCUGCCUCAAUGUAACUUUUACAGCCUUUUAUGUUCCUGAAACAAAAGGACAGACCCUGGAACAAAUUGAGGCCUACUUCAGAAGAUCUUAAGCCUAAGGCUUUUUAUAUUGAUAUGAAACAUUCGUAUCAUGAAUUACGGUGCUAUGGUUGAAACUAACUGCAUCACGUGGCAGACAUCUCAGUUACUAAACUUGCUAUCAAAUCAUUUUAAUGAAUUUUGUAAAAUCUGAAUUACGUUUUUUAAAAAAUUAUCUAUGGGGCUCUGCAUACACUUCUGCAUACUCCCUGUAGUAAAAUCUCGCUUGUGUGGGUCUUCGCCAUACUCUUUCUCUUCGAUUCUUAUGUUCUUUUCACCUGGUGCAAACUGACUAUAGUGGCCAAGUAAGAAUGUUAAAGGUAGUGGCCAGUAUCUUUUUUCUAAGAUGUAAAUUAAGAUUUAAUUUUGUAAAUAAAUAAAUUAAAUUUC